AUGGAGAAAGCAAUCGCAAUCGAGAACGAUGUCGCCCAGAGCCCGUCCGACUCCAAGUCUGAGCUGGGCAAUGGCCUCCAAUGGACAGACGAGGAGGAGACCAUCCUGAGGCACAAGAUGGACUGGCGCACCGUGCCGUGGGUCACGGUCCUGUACCUCCUCUGCUUCCUCGACCGCAUCAACAUCGGCAACGCCAGGAUCCAGGGCAUGCAGCAGGACCUCGGGCUCCAGGGGCUGCGCUUCAACUGGGCCCUGUCCAUCUUCUACAUCGUCUACCUCCUCGUCGAGGUGCCCAGCAACAUCAUCCUCAAGCGCGUGGGGCCCCGAUUCUACCUCCCCUGCCUGGUCGUCGGCUUCGGCCUCGUCUCGCUCUGCUCCGCCUUCGUCACGUCCUACCCGGGCCUGCUCGUCGCGCGGGCCAUCCUCGGCGCCUUCGAGGGCGGCGCCAUGCCCGGGUUCGCCUUCUACCUCAGCUCCUUCUACAAGCGCAAGGAGCUCCUCUUCCGCAUCGGCAUCUACGUCUCGGCGGCCAGCAUGGCGGGCGCCUUCGGCGGCCUGCUGGCGACGGGCCUCUCGCGCAUCCCGGACUGGGGCGUCGCCAGCGUGCGCAUCCACACGUGGCGCAACAUCUUCUUCUUCGAGGGCAUCAUCACAAUGAUCAUCGGCCUCAUCGCCCCCAUCUGGCUGCCCGCUUCCCCGGCGACCUGCAAGUUCCUCACCGAGCGCGAGCAGAUGAUCGCCGCCGAGCGCCUGGUCCGCGAGCACCGCUCCCAGCCCGACGAGCGCGUCACCUUUGCCCAUGUCAAGCGCGCCGUCAUGUGCAUCCACAACUACACCUGCGGCCUGGGCUUCUUCCUCACCAACAUCACCGUCCAGGGACUGUCUGUGUUCUUGCCCACCAUCCUGCGCGACCUCGACUGGACCGACACCAAGGCCCAGCUUUACAGCGUCCCGCCGGGGGCUUUCCUGGGUGCCUUCUCCUUGCUGGCCAUUAUUGGAUUUGCCAUUCUGCGCUGGGAGACCAACCCCAACAUUCGGUACAUGGGCGUCUAUUUCGUCACUGUGGGAGCCUUCCCCGGUGGACCGGGCUUCCUGGCUUGGGCGAUCAACAACGCGGCGGGACCAGCUGUGCGUGCUGUGACCAGUGGUUACGUUGUGACCGUCGGUACCAUUGGAGGGAUCGUUGCCACGUGGACCUACGUCCCCUCGGACGGCCCUGCCUAUCGUACCGGCCACACGAUCAACCUCGUCGGACAGGUAGUGGUCCUGUUCCUGUCCUUGUUUGGCAUCGCAUACUGCGCCUACGAGAACAAGCUUCGAGCGGCUGGGAAGCGUGACCACCGGCUGGAGGGCCGCACCGAGGAGGAGAUCAACCAGCUGGGUUACAGACAUCCAGAGUUCAGGUACAUCAAGUAG